AAGGCUGAAAUCUUUUUUCACUUGGAAAAAUUAUCUAAUCCUCCAUUAAUUUCACGUUCUCUUUUUUGAUGUCUAUUUCCGUUCACUGGACUACCCCACUACUCUUCUUCCUUUUAACUACCACUCGCCAACGCCCUUCUGUGAGCCUCAUAUCCCUCUCUGCCUCUUUCUCUAUCUCUUUUAUUUUUUCUCUGUUUCUCGAUACUAUUAAUAAUUUCUUAUUUCUUUUUCCAAGUACAAUUUUGAUCCUCAGACGCCAUCAUGAACAAGUUAGAGGAUUGGCCCGAGCCUAUUGUUCGAGUUCAAAGCUUAUCCGAAAGCGGCUUAAAUAAAGUUCCAGAAAGAUACAUCAAGCCUUCAAAUGAGAGGCCGUCGUUCUCCUCUAAUAUUAAUGACAAUGUUAAUAUUCCGGUCAUUGAUCUAGCCGGCUUGUUUCAAGACGAUCAAAACGUUGUCGCUCAAAUCCUUUCUCAACUUUCCACGGCUUGCCGUGAAUGGGGAUUCUUCCAGAUUCUGAACCACGGAGUCCGCCCUGAACUGAUGGACCAGGCUCGAGAAACUUGGCGCCAGUUUUUUCAUGCGCCGAUGGAGCUUAAACAAGCUUACGCUAAUUCUCCGAAGACUUACGAAGGCUAUGGCAGCCGUUUGGGCGUCCAAAAAGGAGCCAUUCUUGACUGGAGUGAUUACUAUUUUCUCCACUAUCGACCUCCGAAUUUAAAAGACUAUAACAAGUGGCCUGCCUAUCCACCUUCUCACAGGGAAGUGAUUGAUGAGUACUGCAAAGAAUUGGUUCAAUUAUGUGGGAGAUUAAUGAAGAUUUUGUCAUUAGAGCUUGGAUUAAGAGAAGAUGAUCUUCAAAAUGCAUUUGGAGGUGAAAAUAUUGGAGCCUGUUUACGGGUCAAUUUUUAUCCCAAGUGUCCACAACCCGACUUGACUCUCGGGUUAUCGUCUCACUCGGAUCCUGGCGGGUUGACCAUGCUUUUGCCCGAUGAUGAAGUUGCGGGUCUUCAAGUCCGAAAAGGAGAUAAUUGGAUCACUGUAAAGCCCGCUAAACAUGCUUUUAUAGUCAACAUUGGUGAUCAAAUUCAGGUUUUAAGCAAUGCAAAUUACAAAAGCUUGGAGCAUAGAGUCAUAGUAAAUCCAGAUCAAGAACGAGUAUCAUUAGCUUUCUUUUACAAUCCUAAAAGUGAUAUACCGAUUGAACCAGUAAAGGAACUUAUAACACCGGACAAACCUGCAUUGUAUCCUCCAAUGACAUAUGAUGAAUACAGACUUUUCAUUAGAUUGAGAGGUCCACAAGGCAAAUCCCAAGUAGAAUCUAUGAAAUCUCCAAGAUGUAGUUCAUAAAUUAAGAUUCAGCCCUUUUUUGGGUUAUCAGAUAUAAUUGUUCAUCUUAUAAUCAUAAAAGGAUUAUAUUAAUUGAAACAAAUGAAAUUUUACAAUGUAAA